AUGGAGAUCCAUAAUCAUAAACAAGACAGGAUAAAUUCAGCCACAGAGAAGUCUGGAGAAAAUCAGACAGCAGUAUCUGAAUUCAUCUUUCUUGAAUUUGCAGAACAACCAGAAAUGAAAGUUCUUCUUUUCGUGUUUUUCCUCCUGAUCUAUGUUAUCACAAUAUUAGGUAUGAUUAUGCUGAUCAGAAUGGACCCUCAGCUUCAUACCUCCAUGUACCUCAGCAACUUAGCUUUCAUAAAUUUUUGCUAUUCUUCUACCACCCUCCCCAAGAUUUUGGCAAUUUUCCUGUCAAGAAGGAAAACCAUUUCCUUCACAGGAUGCUUCAUCCAAAUGUAUUUCUUUCUUGCUCUUGCCAGUACUGAGUGCAUUCUUUUGGGGCUGAUGGCAUAUGACCGUUACGUGGCCAUCUGCAAUCCUUUGCUGUACCCAUCCCUCAUGUCACAUGCCCAAUGUCUCAGAAUGGUAGGAGGAGCCUUCAUAGCCAGCUUCCUGAACUCCAUUAUUCAUACCACCUUGAUAGGGACUUUGUCCUUCUGCCAGGCUAAUGAAAUCAAUCAUUUUUUCUGUGAUCUCCCACCACUCCUUAAGCACUCAUGCUCAGACAUCCUUGUGCCUAAAAUAUAUGGUUUCACUGGUGCUGGAACUAUUAUUUUGGUAAAUUUUCUAAUUAUCUUCAUCUCCUACAUGUGCAUCUUUUCAACGGUGCUCAAGGUUAACUCACUGGGAGGUCAGCAAAAGGCCAUCUCUACCUGCCUCUCCCAUCUGGUUGUUGUGAUCAUGUUUUAUGGAACAGGUUUGUUUGUUUAUUUGCAACCCAGUUCAAACUAUUCUGAACAUCAGCAUAAAAUUAUGGCUGGACUAUAUGCCUUCCUCAUCACUAUGCUAAAUCCCUUGGUCUACAGUUUGAAGAACAAGGAGGUAAAGGAUGCUCUGAUGAGAGCAAUGAAUAAGAAUGUUUCACAUAUAUUAUAA